UCUCUCUCUCUCUCUCUCUCUCUCUGCGUUCGGGAAACCGAAGGCGGGUGACUCUGCACUACAGAAGCGUGGUUUUGCAGGGGGAGAGAGGGAGAGGGAAAAUUCUGAUGCUCCACGGCAGCCUGUCUGUCUUGCGGCGGCCACAUCUCUUUAUUAAGCAGGCGACGCCCUUCUCCCGUCUCCCAUCUUUCUUUUUGCCCCGCGCUGCUCUUUGUCGGACUCCACAGUCGGCGAUCGUCGGAGAUCUCGCACGCACAGACAGAGAAAAGUAUCGGAAGAUGGUGGUUCUGGUAGUAGCGACGACGGAGGACCCGGCAUCCAUCGGGCCAGCUUCUGCAUUCCUCGCCAUGUCCUCCGAGUGGCGUCCCGGUCCUUCCCUCCAGGAAGAUAUAAAAAGUCAUGUCCAUGGACAUGUGAGGCUAUUAAUUCAGGACGCGAGCAUUGUGAGUGAAGACCAUUUAGAUAAACGAUGGCAGGCGCUGACAGGGGAGGUAGUGGAAGAAGUCAUGUUUCUCAGCAAACACACUGCAGUUUCAAACAAACCUGCACUGACGGUUCAUCCUAUUGGUGUGCCCCAUCUACGAGAAGAUGAAACGCCUCUGCAAGGAGGAAGGCCUGGAUGGGCUGCCCCACCUAAUCCUCGUGUAGGUCCAUGGUUGAGGCUUCUAAAGAAAAUUGCAAAUAGUCACAACCUGAUCCCUGAAUUUGAGGUGACGUUGGAGGGCACUCAUCAUGGCCCUGAGAUUGAUAUACCUACAUUAUUCGUAGAGAUUGGUAGCACAGAAGAGUAUUGGAGAAGGCAGGAUGCUGCGCAAGUUGUAGCUCUGUUACUGUGGCAGGGACUUGGGCUUGACAGUGGUGGUGGUGAUGGCAUUGGAAAGUGGAAUGGGAAUUCAGAAAAAAAUAAGGUACUCCUUGGACUAGGAGGUGGUCACUAUGCACCACGUCACUUGGAUGUUGUUGUGAAAGAUGGGGUUUGGGUGGGCCACCUGCUUUCAGGAUAUUCCUUACCAAUGGAAGAUCCAAAGUCUAAUAAUGGAGGACAGAAUGGCAUCGGUGGAACAUGGAAACAAGCAAUUAGGGUUGCAUAUGAGGCAACCAAAUCUGCUUUUCCUGGAGGAGUGAUCCUGGCACACUUGGAUCAUAAGAGUUUCAAGAGCUGGCAGAAAAAUGCAAUUAUAAGUUUCUUGAAUGAACAAAAUAUCGGUAUCGGGAAGCCUGACGACUUCAUCUGAACUACUAAAGAAUCGGUGGCUCAGCCCCCAGCUUUUUGUUUACCAUUCAUCUCCCUUGAAGCCCUGCAUCACAUAAACUCAGAAAAAUUAUAGACCUUCAGAAAAGUGAUAGACCUCUUGAGUUGUAGCCAUUCAAAAUGAUAUAAUAAUAUAUUACUAUGUAGCAGUGAAUGCUUUUAUGAGUAUGUGAUUGGUUCUUAGCGGCCGUUUAUCAAGGUA